GCCGCUGCGCCUAAACUUUGCGCUUUUCCUCCCAGCAGAGUUCAUUCAUCACAACACGUUUAGAAUGGAGCUGGCAACUUUUUUUGGACUGUGAGAAGUCUUGUGGGAGUUUUUUCCUUUAAAAAAAAAUCAUAUUUCAACACAUCAGUACCUGGAAUGUGACGAAGGCAGAGGAGCUAAUUGACACAAUUGAUUGCUAUUAUUCGUUUUUAGAUUUUUUUAAUGGCUGACCUUUUUUAAAUGAGAUUUUUGUUGGAACUCUGAUGAAAAAUGGCACGUGCAGUCAGCUUUAUCCAAAUGUGAGCUAUUCCAGCCACCAUAAUUGAAGGUCAAAUCCAGCCUGUUCUGCUUAAAUUGUGGAAGUCGUUGAAAUGACCAGCCCACCGGGGACUAUAGACAAUCAGAAGGGCAUCGAAGAAAGCCCAGCUCACAAACCAGAGGCUGCCAGGUACAGCAGCUGGAGCAGCCGCUUCUCCAGGUGGAGAAGUAAUUCCCAGAGGACAACCCCCCCAGGAACUCCCUCACCGAAGACAGACAAGAGAAGCGACGUGACCAGGACCCUUCUCUCCUUGGUCAAGACCCACAACGAUGACUACACGGCAGACCCUGACGGUCAGCUGGAAAACGAAGGGGAGGAGGAAGGAGGCAUCGACGAGCUCUUUCAGGACCAGUCCACCCUCUUCCAGAAGCAGUUUGGCUCUCUGCUCCAGCCGGGGGUCAACAAGUUCUCCCUGCGCAUGUUUGGCAGCCAGAAGGGGGUUGCUGCUGAGCAGGAGAGGGUGAGGAGCUUUGGAGUGUGGAUUAUUCAUCCCUACAGUGACUUCAGGUUUUACUGGGACAUUGUGAUGCUCCUGUUAAUGAUGAGCAAUCUGGUCAUUUUGCCCUGGGGAAUCACCUUCUUUGAAGACCAAAACACCACGCCCUGGAUCACCUUCAACGUCCUGUCUGAUACCCUCUUCCUCAUGGACCUGAUUUUCAACUUCCGAACCGGAAUCUUGGGAGAGGACAGUCACAUCAUCCUGGACCCUAAAGAAAUCCGCACGCAGUACCUCCAUACGUGGUUCCUGGUGGACUUUAUCUCCUCCAUACCUGUCGACUAUAUCUUUUUAAUUGUUGACCUGGAGUCUCUGCUUGAGUCUACAGACGUGUACCGUACCGCCCGCGCCCUUCGUAUUGUGCGUUUCACCAAAAUUCUCAGCCUACUUCGUCUUCUCCGGCUUUCCCGCCUCAUCCGAUAUAUUCACCAGUGGGAAGAGAUUUGCCACAUGACUUAUGAUCUUGCCAGUGCUGUGGUUCGCAUAGUCAACCUGAUAGGCAUGAUGCUGCUGUUGUGCCACUGGGAUGGCUGCAUGACUUUCAUGGUACCAAUGCUGCAGGACUUUCCUCCAGAAUGUUGGGUAUCUAAAAACAACAUGGUGAACGCUACCUGGCACAUACAGUACUCCUACGCGCUGUUUAUGGCCAUGAGCCACAUGUUGUGUAUCGGGUACGGUGCUCACCCUCCAGAGGGCCUCAGUGACGUUUGGCUCACCAUGAUCAGCAUGGUAGUCGGAGCCACCUGCUACGCCAUGUUCCUGGGUCACGCGGCUAAUCUGGUCCAGUCCCUGGACGCAUCACAUCGACAGUAUCAGGAGAAGUACAAACAAGUGGAGCAGUAUAUGUCGUUUCACAAACUGCCAGCGGACGUAAGGCAGAGGAUUCACGACUAUUACGAGCAGAGAUUUCAAGGCAAGAUGUUUGAUGAAGACAGCAUCCUGGGAGAGCUCAGUGAUCCGCUGAGGGAGGAGAUUGUCAGCUACAACUGCCGUGGGCUGGUAGCCAACAUGCCACUCUUUGCCAACACUGACCCCCAUUUUGUGACAGUGAUCCUCACCAAGCUGCGCUUUGAAGUUUUCCAACCAGGAGAUUUCAUUAUUCGAGAAGGAACGCUGGGUCGGAAGAUGUACUUCAUCCAGCAUGGCACUGUCAUCAUUAUCCCCCGUGGCAGUAAGGAGAUUCAGCUCAGCGAUGGAGCUUAUUUUGGGGAGAUCUGCCUGUUGACUCAGGGACGACGCACAGCCAGCGUGACAGCCGAAACGUACUGUCGUCUUUACUCUCUGAGUGUGGAUGAUUUCAACGAGGUCCUGGAGGAGCAUCCUCUGAUGAGGAGGGCGUUUGAGAGUGUGGCUGUGGACCGAUUGCACCGGGUUUCACGCAGAUCCAGUUAUCAGCCUCCAACAGCCGAGCCAGAGACACUUCUUGAAGACUCGUGAGGAAGCUCCCACUACAAAUCUAGAGAAAAUGUUCUUUUUUUUUAACUCAACUAACAAAGAUUCUUCUAUUCAAACUACAGUGAUUGUUGUUAACUAUAGUGCACUGACAUGAACGACCAAAUGGAGACUGUAUGUUUUAUUCAUAACCAUAAACAUAUUCUUGCUGCCCUUAGUUAAGUAUAUGCAUCUUCUGUUAACUUCAUUUCUUGCUUGAAUCUCAUGAAGCUAUUUGCUUUUUUUUUCUGUUGGAGCUUUAAAAAUGAGUUAAAUUUUGAGUUAUGAACUGGACUGACUUCUGAUGGGGUUUUCCUUCUCCUCAAUGCACCAAUUACUGUUUGGGUUACUUAAUCCUUGUAACAAGUGCUGUAUUUUUCAUUUGUAAAUACUGCUUUAAAUGUAAUUCAAGCCUGCAUACUGUCUUGAGCUGCAAUGCCCACGUAGUUAUCCAUCACAGCAAUCAUACAGGAUAUUAAAGCAAACAAUAUAGGAUCGCCAGCUGGCGUUGUAUCGUACAGCUUUCUGUUGAUUGUUUCAUGUUAGGGUUAAUACUUAUGUGCCGGGUGAUAAGCUGCCAUGAUGCAAUGGCUCUAAACUGUACAGACACGUGGGAUUGCUGCUGCAUGCGAAUAUUUGAAUUUUCACUUUUUUCUGUCUUUAUAUCAAUAGUUUAAACUUACACUGACUCAUUCUAUUCUUGUAGAAAAAAUUUAAAAAACGUUCCACUCUUUUGCUGCACGUUUAGGAUGGAGGAUUUUAUAUUUAUUAGCAAUACCAUUCAGUCAAACUGAUUACUGGAAAACUAUUAAGAUCUUUAGAUAAUUUAUUAUAACUUAUUAUAAUAAUAUAGUUACAAUCAAAUAUACACAUGA